GAAUCCCUACUGCGUAACUGCUCUCACCCUGUGUCAAGACCAGCCUUACUCCAAAUUACUAACUAGCCAUCUUCUUGCUCUGAUCCAGAGCCUUAUUCAGAGGUGGAAGCUCUGAUGAGAAUCACAGUGACUUCUGCCUGUCAGGCCUCUCUUCAGAGAAGAGCCGCAGGUUUCAGCAACUGAAGCAAAGACACAAGAGGGAGGGACAUAGAAAAGAUAUUCACCUUUUUUUUGGCCACCAUUCUCCUCAGCAGCACCAGCUUUCACCAUGGAGAUAAAGUUUAGCCUCAUAUGUACUCUGGACAGUUAAAAUCACUUGGUGCUGUGAAGACAGAUCCAUAGCAAACAGUGAUCCCUUUUCUUUAGUAAUUUUAGUCUCUCUGUAUGGAUUUCAUUCCCAAGAAGGCUGGGGGGACAGAUGUUGGGAAGGUAGUGAUGAUAUUUCUUUCCCUCUAAGUAGUCCUUUUCUGUUAUCACCAAAGAGUAUCCGGGGGGAAAAUGGCAACCAAGAACUCUUCUGUGACAGAGUUUAUCCUCGCAGGCUUAACAGACCAACCAGGACUCCAGAUCCCUCUCUUCUUCCUGUUUCUCUGCUUCUAUGUGAUCACUGUGGUGGGGAACCUGGGCUUGAUUACUCUGAUUGGGCUGAACUCUCACCUGCACACACCCAUGUACUUUUUUCUCUUUAACCUCUCUUUAAUUGAUUUCUGUUACUCCACUACCAUCACCCCCAAAAUGCCGAUGAGUUUUGUCUCAAAGAAGAAUAUUAUCUUGCACACAGGGUGUAUGACUCAGCUGUUUUUCUUCUGCUUCUUUGUUGUCUCUGAGUGCUUCAUUCUGUCAGCAAUGGCAUAUGACCGCUAUGUUGCCAUCUGUAAACCAUUGGUGUACACAGUCACCAUGUCUCCACAGGUUUGUUUUCUCCUUUUGUUAGGUGUUUAUGUGAUGGGGUUUUUGGGUGCUGUGGCCCAUACGGGGAGCAUAAUGAGUCUCACGUUCUUUACUCAUAACCUUGUCAGUCAUUUCAUGUGUGACGUCCUUCCUCUCCUUGUGCUCUCCUGUAACAGCACGCAUGUGAACGAGCUGGUGGUAUUUAUUGUUGUAGCCAUUGACAUUGGAAUGCCCAUUGUCACCAUCUUCAUCUUUUAUGCUCUAAUACUCUCUAGCAUUCUUCAUAUUAGCUCCACUGAGGGCAGGUCCAAAGCCUUUCGUACCUGUAGCUCCCACAUAAUUGUGGUUUCUUUCUUUGGUUCUGGGGCUUUUGUAUAUCUCAAACCACCUUCCAUUUUGCCUCUUGACAAAGGAAAAGUGUUCUCCCUGUUCUAUACGAUUGUGGUGCCUCUGUUAAAGCCAUUAAUCUAUAGCUUGAGGAAUAAGGAUGUCAAAGUUGCCCUGAGGAAAACCUUGAGAAGAAAAACAUAUUCUUGA